CAUGGCGACGGCUUUAAUAUUAAAAUCACGUGAUAAGUCACGUGAUAAAGCCUACGAAUCCCCACUAGGCUCAAAUUGAAUUGAACCAUAUGUCCUGAGCCAAGGACAAGAAUAUUUAGUCAUCUUUAUCAUCGGACAUGAGAGUUUUAAUCGGUGGCGGGUCAGGGUUCGUCGGCCGUGAACUUACAAAACUCCUUAAGGUCAAAGGUCAUGAGGUCACCAUUAUAUCACGACAGCCCGGUGUGGGCCGGGUCACGUGGACUGAACUGGAGUCACUUGGACUUCCUGAGUGUGACGCUGUAGUGAAUCUUGCUGGACAAAACAUCUUAUACCCUCUGAGACGGUGGAGUGAGAACUACAGGGCUGCUGUGUUUAACAGUCGAAUUAACACUACCAGGACUUUAACUCGCACCAUCACCUCCUCCCCCACUCCACCACAGUCCUGGAUCCUCAUCACCGGACUCGCAUGUUACAAAGCGAAUGUAGAGACUCUGUACACAGAGGACAGCGUGUGGACAACCUUUGACCUUUGGUCUCAGCUGGUGAAGGAGUGGGAGGAAGCAGGACGACUUCCUAAAGACGCUGUAAAUAACACUAACCAAGUAGUCAUCAGAUCAGGUGUGGUUCUUGGGCGAGGCGGCGGUGCGAUAAAGCAGAUGCUGACUCCAUUCUGGCUGGGUUUAGGAGGAACAUUAGGUUCAGGAGCUCAGCCCUUUCCUUGGAUACAUGUGUCUGAUUUGGCCGGGAUAAUCGCUCACUCCCUCGAGCCGUCCCGUGUUCCUGCCUCUUCUCAACCAGAGGUGUUAAACGGAGUCGCUCCGGCUCUCAACACUAACUGGGAGUUUACGCAGGAGCUGGGUCGACUCCUGAAACGCCCCACGCUACUUUCUGUUCCCGAGCUCUUGCUGAGAGCCGUUCUGGGUCGCGAGAGAGCCGCCAUACUGACCCAGGGCCAGAGAGUCGCUCCGAAGAGAACUCUGGAGUCAGGAUAUCGGUUCCAGUAUCCAGAUUUAACCUCAGCACUGCAACAGAUUCUCACGUGCUGAUCAACAGUUCCAAAAAAAGCUGGACUGAACAUGUGCUGUCUGAAUUGUUUACUUGCUAGCUGAUUGAUUGAUGACUAGCUUGUUUACUAAUGAGCUAGCACGCUAAUUUGUUAUUGUGUAAAAGUUUUGAACAUAUGGGGUUGUUAACUAGCCAGCAGCAUAGAGGAACUAAACCUAGACUAAAUCCCCAGUCUGUGAACUAGUUAGCUUGUUAAGUCAGUAAUAAAUCAAAUAAAUGUCUGUCAAGUUCAAAUAAAGAUCUGCAAUAAGAUCUAA